UUCCGGGUUUGUUUGGACAAGCGGGACGAGACGAUGGUCGAUACUGAACAUUAACUGAGGGCAGAGACCGAUCCGGCUGUCUGUCAGUCCAGCUGUCUGUCGCCAUGUCCACAAAGAGGACAUCUGCUAAAUGUCUGAUCAUCACAGACGCAGAUGAGGAGGUGGAGGGUGAGGAGCUGAACCCCUUCUCCUUCAGAGAGUUUCUACGCUGGAAGAACCAGGAUCCAGACCUGGACCAAGACCCAGAACAAGACCUGGGCCAGGAGAAGACACACAGCAAGUCCAGCAGCUCUCAGAGGGCGUUUGAUGUCGGGAACGUGACCUUUGACCCUGAGGUCAGGACAGGUUUCUUCCGUGAGCCCUUUCUGGCAGCGGAGGAGGAGGAGGAUUGGGGGCGGAGCUUCCAGUCAGGUGUGGACAGCACUUCCUCACUCUGCACAGAGGAGGAGGAGGAAGAGGAGGAGACCAGCAGGUUCUCCUCCAAACCUGAAGUCCAGCAGAGAGGAGCGGCGGGAGGAGCAGGAGGAGAGAACUACGAAGGAGACGACGAGACCUCUAUUGCUGAGCCGGCCACCUCCUGCAGGAGACGGAGCGGGAGGAGCAGUCAGAUACAACAGUUGAAGGAGGAGAACAUGACGUUGAGGAGGACCGUCAGGGAGCUGCAGAGGCGAUCAGAGGCUAAUGAUUGCAGGGUGUUGGAGCUGUCAGAGGAGCUGCUCCAGCGGAGGCGUCAGGAGGAGAAGGAGGCUCAGGAUCUGGAGAGCAUGGUUCACUCUGUGGAGCAGAACCUCCAGCUGAUGACGAAGCGAGCAGUCAGAGCAGAGAACAGUGUUUCUAAGCUGAAGGUGGAGCUGCAGCAGCUGCAGGUGGAGGUCGACUCUCUGCGGUCAGAGAAUGACAGUCUGAAGGCGGCAGAGUCUGAGGUCAUCAUGACAAUGAGACACAAUGCUCAGGUGGCGUCUGAGUACCUGAGCAAGACAGCAAGCCACGCCCACUCCUCCAUCUGGUCAGUAUCUGUGAACAGUCAGCUGCUGAGGGAAGCAGAGACCCUCCGUUUGGUCUCUCAGCUGCUGCAGUCCAUUGACAAGAUCUCCAACCUCAACUCUGAGUCCUGAGUUCCUCCAGACCAGCUGCAGACCCUCAGACCUCCUCCAGACCAGCUGCAGACCCUCAGACCUCCUCCAGACCAGCUGCAGACCCCCACAUCUCAUCUGCACCACCUGCAGACCCACAUUUCUGACAGACAGUAGGAUGCUGUUGUCGUGGAAACAGGCCUGAAAGGACAAACGAUGAGGUCAUCAUUCCUCCGAUCCUUCGAUGACAUCACAGCAGCAGGAGGGCUUCUGGCUGCUGAUUGAUCGGUUUGUUAAUGACACCAGACUGAUCACAGAACUGAGUUUCUUUUUAUUUACAGCCUCAUUAAAUAUAAAGUUGAACCACAUCAUCAUUUUGAAUCACGUGGUUUGAUUCUUGUUAUUAAUUAUUAAUUCUGUAGAAAUCUUUUGUUUAUUUUCAAGGAACAGUUUGAUUUUAUCUUCUUGUCUUCAGUCUCAUGUCUGUGUGUUAGUACAGAGCUGGAGGACGUGGUUAGCCUAGCUUAAGUUAGCCUCACCGUUUAAACACAAAGUCAACAUGCUUAAAUGUUUUGUUAGCGGAUGCUAAUUAACUUCUGUAUUGUUUCCUGUUCCAUUAAAUCUGUCAGUGCUAGUUAAACUUCAACUUCACAAAGGGAGUGAUUUCAUUCUUCCACUGGUUGUACUUCCUGUGUGCAUUGCAUUGUGGGAGGAGGACAGCUGUAUGCAGUGGGGCUGCUGCUCCGUCACUUUGUCUACAUCUGGUUUCCUUUUCCCGUCUCCUGGUUGGA